GAAAGAGGUACUACAUGAAUCUUUUCUAUAAUAUUCAGAAAUUCUAUUUUAUAUGUAUCUGAAAGCUUACAUCUUAAUGUAUCUAAUUGUUAAUAUAUUUUCAAUACAAUGUGGUAAUGUCAAAAUACAUUAUGAUAGUUUAAAUUUAAGAUUAACUUCCACAAAUUGCCGACCAGUCACGUGAUUUCUCGUAUUCAAUUCUGUUCUUGUUACGAGGUUAGUUUUUCAAAGGAAACGCUUGUCGUCUUAAUUGUGAAUCGUCCAUUGCAUUUCGUUCGAUCUUCUUCGAAUACAAUUAUUAGAAUAAUUCCAUCGAAUCAACGAAAUAUUAUGUUUAAUCGAAAAAUAUUAUAAGUGUUAUGAAACAUAUGGUGUUACUGGCAACAUGUAUAUAUCAUAGUCGAGGUGGAAAAUCGUUUGAAUAAUAGCAAACUGACAGUAGCCACAUCAUCUGGCCUUGAUGAAAAUACGAAAUCAGCUGUUGUUACUGCCUGUUUAUCUUUUGUCGUAUCAUAUUUAAAUAUAUAUUCCUCCUACCAUCUGUCAGUCAUAUUUUGACACAUCACCUACUUGUGCGAAAAAUGAUCGAGAAUUUUAUAACCUAACACAGGCAGUGUAACCACUUGAAAUUAAUUUCUUAAUUUUUCAUUCUUCCACGUGUGCUUUGAGUUAUUGUUAAUAAAUUUCGAUGGUUAAACGGUGUAAAUUCUCAUUAUACUGUUACCUCAUGAGCUAAUACCUCAUGGAAGAUUUAUAUUCUGAUAAGUUUAUGGUGUCUGUGUAAUUUUUUAAAAAAAUGCUGCAGAAAACAGAAAGAUAAAGAUUGCAAAUAAGACGAAAGAGUGCCACAAAUCGGUGCAUUUGCAAUCUACAAUGGAUCGUAUUUGAUUUUUGUUCAAGAGUGAUUCUCUGAGGAAAUAGAUCACAAAAGCCUAUGAAAGACAAUAUGUACUAUUACAAGCACAAGAUCUUGAUAUUAAAAGGAACACGUUGUUUUAUAUAAAGAAAUGGCUUACGAUUCUUUCAUGUUGGGGUUACUUAUGUUUGGAUGCAGCAUACAAACAUUGUUAGCUGCAUCCAAAGAUGAUCCAUUGGAAUAUAUGAUCAAAGAAGAACGAGAAGCAUUAAAAGAAGAGGCAAGGGAUAUGUUUUAUCAUGCAUAUAAUGCUUAUAUGGAUAAUGCAUAUCCUGCAGAUGAAUUAAUGCCAUUAAGCUGCAAAGGACGGUAUAGAGGAUCAGAACCAAAUAGAGGUGAUAUAGAUUCAACUUUGGGAAAUUUUUCGCUUACAUUGGUUGACACAUUAGACACACUUGUGGUAUUGGGAGAUUUAGAGGAAUUUGAAAAUGCAGUUAAGCUUGUUGCCAGAGAUGUUAACUUUGACACAGAUGUUAUUGUUUCCCUAUUUGAGACUAAUAUUAGGAUGCUUGGAGGUCUUUUAAGUGGUCACAUACUAGCAGAGUAUUUACAACAAAGGGCUGAUAUAAUGCCAUGGUAUCGUGGUGAACUUCUAAAUUUAGCCAAAGAUUUAGGAUACAGAUUUUUACCUGCAUUUAACACAACUACAGGAAUACCAUAUGGAAGAGUAAAUUUAAAGCAUGGUAUGAAAGGUGUAUCUAUAGAGGUAUCAAGAGAAACAUGUACAGCCUGCGCAGGUAGCAUGAUUUUAGAAAUGGCUGCAUUGUCGAGAUUAACAGGAGAAUCAAUUUUUGAGGAAAAAGCACAAAAAGCAAUGGACGUUUUAUGGAGAAUGCGUCAUCGUGGUACCGAUUUAAUGGGUUCUGUGUUAAAUGUUCAUUCUGGUGAUUGGGUACGAAGAGAUUCUGGAGUAGGAGCGGGUAUAGAUUCCUACUAUGAAUAUUGCCUUAAGGCAUAUAUUUUAUUAGGCGAUGAAAAAUAUCUUGGGCGAUUUAAUAAACAUUAUCAAGCUGUAAUGAAGUAUGUAAGUCAAGGACCGAUGUUGCUAGAUGUACAUAUGCACAGACCAAAUACAAAUUCCAAAAAUUUCAUGGAUGCUUUGUUAGCCUUUUGGCCUGGGCUGCAGGUAUUAAAAGGUGAUAUUAAGCCUGCUGUUGAAACCCAUGAAAUGUUGUAUCAAGUUAUGCAGAGACAUAAUUUUAUACCAGAGGCAUUUACUACCGAUUUUCAGGUACACUGGGGACAUCAUCCAUUAAGGCCAGAAUUCUUAGAAUCAACGUACUUCCUGUAUCGUGCUACGGGCGAUCACUAUUAUUUAGGCGUUGGGCGUAAGGUACUCAAAAGUCUGCAAACUUAUGCGAGGGUACCGUGCGGUUAUGCAGCUGUAUCAGAUGUUAGAACUAAUAAACAUGAUGAUACAAUGGAUAGUUUUGUAUUAUCAGAAACUUUCAAAUACUUAUUUCUGUUAUUCGCGGAGCCAGGCGAACUAGUUUUAGACUUGGAUGAAUUUAUUUUUACAACCGAAGGACAUCUAUUGCCAUUGACACUCGCUUCUGUAAGGACUAAUGUUUCUUCGCAAGAUUUUGAGCGUGAUAUCGUACACGUGGACGAAAUGGAUCGCACUUGUCCUAACAGUCUACAUUUAUUUCCUGCAUCGGUGCGGCAACCUUUGCGAAAUAUGGUUGAAGACGUAUGUCCAAGACGGGCAAUAAAAAGGAGACUAAGUGCUGCACAAUUUCAAGCAAAUAAUUUGGAGCAUUUAAAAUUGUUAAGUGAUAUGGGAAUAACAACUUUAACUUUGGCAGAUGGACGCGUUCAACUUUUGCACACAUUUUCUAAUGCAAAAACACCACAAGAUUCGGAAGAAGGUUUACUUUUCAUGCAAGAAAUGGUAGAGAUAAGUAGAAUGCAGACCCAACAAGCUGAAACUAAACCACAAGCGGUUUCGUUUAUAAAACCAAAUACAAAUCCACCUCAAAAAGUUACAUUAUUAGCUGGACCUGCACAUUUUGGUUUGGAAUUACAAGGGUUAAAUAAAGUAACCGGGAAAGUUAGUUUUACAUAUCCACCUGCCGCGUGUACCGAUCUCCUUAAUGCAGAUGAACUUGUGGGCAAAAUAGCAAUAAUGGAUCGUGGCAAUUGUAUGUUUAUAGAAAAGGCAAGACGAAUUCAACAAGCUGGUGCUGUUGCUGGAAUCGUGUUCGAUAAUGCUGCGGGGUCUAGUGCUGCAACUUCACCGAUGUUUGCAAUGUCGGGAGACGGAAAAGAAGUAGACGAUGUAACGAUUCCGGUUGUGUUUUUGUUUGACAUUGAGGCUUCCAAAUUAGUUAAAGCUCUUGGUGCUGCACAUGGCGAUCUCACAGUUACUCUUGGAAGUUUCUUCCCAAAAGACGACGUUCAAUUAAAAGCGCCCACUGAUCCAUCAAUGUUUGAGCGAUUGAAGGGAUCAUUCAAAUCUUUCCUUACACGACAAAUGACACCACAGACAUCUUCAAGCAGUGGAACAAAUUUGGAUGUGGUUCCUGAAAUCAAAUACGAAGAAGAUGAAAAGGAUGUGGUCAUUUAUUAUGAUUUACGUGCAGAAAUGAUCAAAGAUUCACUUGAAGGGGAAGUAAGAAUUACGUCGACGUACACACCUAGCCGUCUUACGAGGAAGUCGAAAGACAACACAUUAGAAGUAGAAAAAGAAUGGCAUCAGUUGAAAGAAGUAUUUGUAAAUCAGAUAUAUUCAGAUGUAAAGCAUAAUACAGGUUUACAAAUCAGAAAUUUUAUAUUAGAGAGUUAUUAUAAUUGGAUAGUAAAGUCGCGAGGCGAAAUUCGCGAUGUACUAAACAUACCCCUACGAAAUAAAGUUUUAUGGUUCUUAGAAGAACUAGCUGAAAUUGUACCAAAUCCGUCCAUUAUGAAAAUGGACCAAUUAACGAAUUUGAAUAAGCAAAAAUUGCUAAAACAAUAUUUACUUACAAAAAUGGAUGUUAUGGCUUUAAAUAUGGAAACUACCAUGACAAUGCUGAAAACAAUAAAAUCUGAAAGCCCAAAAAAUACUGAACAAUUGUUCAAGAUUUUGGAACUUUUUACUUCGCAAGCUAAUAAUUAUGAAUUCCUGAAACAGUUGCUGGUAGGUAUCUUUGACAUAAAAGAUGAAAUUAUUCAGAAUCAUUUUGUCCUAUUAGAUUACAGUGUUGUGUAUUAUAAAGAAUAUAAUGAGAUAUUAACUGAUGCAGUACAAGAAAUUUUACAAAAGUCAGUAAUACCUCAACAUUCGUACUAUUAUAAACAGCUCGCUACUUGGGGGAGAGCUUCUCCAAAAAAUUUAGAAAAACUAGACAUACUAAAGAAAAUGAAAGAGAUCAAAAUUAAAUCUACAGACAGUUUUAAAAUGCCUACAGAAAAUGAAGAUAUUAAAAUUGGGAACUUCGAAGACUUUGAAUACUUUAUAUUAACAGAAAUAGAAAAAGCAAUAAAGAAUGCAAAACAAAAUAAUUUCGAAAAAUACCAAGAACAUAUUGAUGUUUCGAGAGACACAGCAGAUAAUACGAGUGAAGAAGUUGUUAACUUGAACAAUAUUAUAUUAAAUAUUUCUUCCCAAAGCGAAUCUGCUGAACUAAGAAACGCAAUAAAGUAUCACAUUGAAUUUAUGAGAAAUAAUGAAUUGCCAAAAGAAUUUAAAAAUCGAAUAUGGGUGAGUGAAAAGGAAGGAAUUCACGUUAAACAAGAAACAGAAACUUUGACUUCAGAUUAUAAUUCUAUAGAAAAAAGUAAAUCACAAAAUAAUCAAAAAUAUGUAAACGAAGUUAAAAGUAAGAAAGUCGAUGUAGAGAAGCAUGGUGGCAAACAUAUCGACGAUGAAUUAUAAUAAAAACUUUCAACUGUUAGGACGAAUUAUAAAUAUUAAAAACAAAAUAAAUAGAUUUCUAAAUGUUACAAGCCUGGCAAUCCUACCUACACUGCGUUUCAUAUUUUUGCACUAAAACUCAAAUGUAUGUGCAGUGAGCUUUAAGGUUUAUAUAUACAAAAAAUUCUCUUAAAAAAAGAAUUAAUUAUUUAAUAAAGAAAAAAUAAUAUGAACGACCAGAUUAUAUCAGAAUACUACUAAGUCUGUUAAACUGGUGCUCAGAAGAGAAUCAAAUUUCAUUUGUUAUUUGAAAAAGAGUAGUGAAAUUACAAGGGAAUGUAUGAUACAAUUAAAUAGCAAGCGCAAAAUAUUUCUCCUAACGAGGUUGUGAAAGAGUAUAAAAGUUAAGGCUUCAACAGAUGUAAAUUUUAUAUAUACUACUUAAUAAUUAAUAUAGUAUAUUUCUUGUAUACAACACAGUACAACAUAUUGUUUUCUCUUCAGGAAAAGGGUUAUACUUCUACUAUCUUUUUUCUUAACUUUUCUGUAUUUCAAACAUGUGCCAUGAUAUGUAAAUGAAUACUUCAACAAAUAAUGGUUAUUGUGCUAUUUUUGCGAAGUGCAAUUUUAUCUUACAUUUUUAAUAAAAACAUAGAUAAUCUUUGUUAGAAAAUAGUUUUAAAUUAUGUAUAACUGUGCAAUUUAUAUCUUAUUUUUUUUAGAUAUAACGGUGGUAGAUUCGUUUUCUACUUAAAUGUAUUUGUUUCGCUUAAAACAUGUCAUAUCUUGUUAAUAUCAAAAGAAAAGAUAUCACAUCAUACUCUGAAAAUAUGUGAAGUAAGUGUAAUGUUCUAUGUAUUUUUUCAAAAGUAUGUCCUUUUAUAGAAAUUUUUGCUACUGGUUUGAAUUACACUUACCAAUAUUGAGAAUAUUAAUAUAUUUUUGAUUCAAUAUUGUUGCAACAAUUAUACGUGAUUCAAACAUUCUUUAAUUUGAAAUUCAUCUAUUAAUAUAUGCCUUACGUGUACAUAAAAUUGUACAAAUAACAGUGUAUAUACAUGUUAUAUGGUAUGUAACAAAGUUAUUAGUGGUGGAAAUUAUAAUAGUCUAAAUAAUGGUCAAUAUUAAAAAUAUUUAAGUUUCCUUACAAUGAUAUACUUCUAUUCUCUUUUCUAAGUUUAAAAUCUUUAUAUUACACGGCAUGUAAAACAGUUCUAAGUUUGCAAUGCAAGAAUUUAGUUGUAUUAUGUGCCAUAUAAAAGCACAAAAAAUACGCAUGUUUUAAACCAAAUCAAUUUGGAAUGAUACUGCGUGUAUUUGAGUUAAGCCAGUGUAAUAUGUGACUUUGACUGUAAAUGUAAAUAUUAUAUAAAUAAGUAGGUAAUAAGUAUGUGUUCUAUGAUUAUUAUGUAAAAGUUUGUAUAAUGAUUGCCAAAAUGAACACUGAAAAGUUUAUUGUACAUUAAACUAGUUACGAUUUUGUAUAAGUUGUGUGUAUAACAUACAUCGUACGCACAUACAUACAUAUAUAUUAUAUCGUUUGUAUAUAUGUGUAUUUAUGUAUGUAUCACUUGAUUUGUUUGUUGUCUAUCAUAUAAAAAUACAUAAGAAAAAUAGGUAUGUAUGAUAGAAGUAAUAUGUUAACAAUUUUUGGUACAGAAAUAGAACGUCAUAAUGAGAAAUAUAAAUAAAAUCUUUGUUACGGAGAAACAUAACUUCUUGUUACAAAGAAAGUAUCAAACAGAGUAAAAAUGUAUAUUACUUAAAUUAAAAUAUUUUCAUUUGCUAUCCCACUCUUUCUAUAAUUAAUAUUAGAUCUACUGUUCGAUUUAUAAGGAAAGAAAGUAUUGUAAUCGAGAAAAAUGUUAAAAACAUUUUUUUUGCAGAAAUACAUGUGAAAAUAUCUGAUAACGUUUUGACAAGUACAUAAUAAUUUUUCCAAUAUACGUUUAUAUGUAUGUGUGUCUGUUAAAACGAUUGAUAACGUCGAACGUAUAGACGUUAUUUGUAAAUAUGUUUCGAAAUAUUUUAAAUAAAUCUUAAAGAGAAUUAAAUUUCAUAUAACAAAAUUAUAUAAACUUUCUCUCCAUCUU